AGUUUACCAUAGUAUGAAUAAAAUUUAAGUUCUUAGUGAAAAGGAUAUUAUGUUACAUCGUGUAUUGUUCUGUCCAUCUGACCAAUCAGUGUAAGGUUAUGUUUUAAAAGUAUUUCGACUCAUCAUUUUGAAGAAGUUUGGUAUCGAAUAAAUGUGAAUGCGGACUUUGCUGUUUUCAUAGUGAACAAUUCUUUUAAUAUUUGGAGGAAAGUUACGUUUAUUAUUGUGAAAAAAACAUGGAUGAAAGUUUUAAGUGUAGAUAUUAUUUUGUGACAAUAAUUUAAAAUACACGUAUACAUGUUUAUCGAUGGAUGGAGACUAUGUGUUACUAUGGUGCCUAUUAUUUCAUUGACAAUGAUGUCUUAGCAACCAAGUAAAGAGGAAGAAAAAAACCAAUCUUAGACGAUGAUGCUCAUCAACUUUUUCAAAAGACUUUUCUUCAACACAUCCUAUGAGAAACUGUCAGGAGAUCGAGACUCACGGAGGGGCAGUGUGCCUGUGGUUCCAUCUGUUGUCGUCGAGGACACGGUUGCCAUGGAAACACCCACUUCUACGCCCUCACGCUUCACUAAUUUUCUGAUAAGAAAAGGAUUCAAAACCAAUUUGAAGCGAACAAAAUCGGCUCACAAGUUGGACAGAAAACGUAAUGGAAUUUCAACGCCUGAACCAGAAAGCAACACAAUUGUUGGCACGUUAAAACGAACGAUGAGUCUUGGACGACUGACCAGGAAACGAGCGCGAUCGAAAUCUACGGAUCUGAGCACGAACAAAAUGCACAGCACACCCGAGCACUUCACUCCAUGCGACUGCGUCACUCCAAGCCCAGAAACUAGCAGCACCUGGUCUGUGAUCAGUUCGCGACUGAAGAACAGCCAGUCCCAUGAAUCCCUCCUCACCACCCAAAAUCCCCUCCACUCCAUUGACCUGACUGGGCCAGACAUGGAGAUACGGCCCAUACACAGCAGUAUCCUGUCCCAGGAACACUGUUUCCAGGUGUCCACAAUGCAUGGUAACAAGAUCAUAGCGUGUCGGACUGCAGAGGAAAGGGAAAAGUGGAUCAUGAGUUUUAAAAAGAGUCCUGAACAAGAGAACAGUCGACGCAGUGAAUCUUCACUCAAACUCUGGGUCCAGGAGGCGAAAAAUGUACCCUCAAAGAAAAGGUACUUCUGUGAAGUUUGCCUGGACAAGACGAGGUGUGCAAGGACUUCCAUCAAAACCAAAGGGGACAUGCUGUUCUGGGGUGAACAAUUUGAAUUCAAUAACUUGCCAACCAUUGAAUACCUCAUAGUGAACUUGUAUCGGGAAGCAGACAGAAAGAAGAAGAAGGAGAGAAAUACAAGUGUUCUAGUUGGCUACACAAAAAUACCAGUGUCUGACAUAAGUGCUCGACAAUAUGUGGAAAGAUGGUUCACCACAAGUUCGGGGACAGUUGGCAAGGGAGGUAAGGAAAACAAAACUGACCUGCCCUUGAUCCGCUUAAAGGUUCGACACCAAACAGUUCAAAUACUGCCAAAGCACAUGUACAACGAAAUGUCUAAGUACCUGAGUGAGAAUUACGUGUCCCUGAUUGAUACGCUAGAGCCACUUGUCAGCAUCAAGGAUAAGGAGGAGAUUGCAACCACCCUGAUCAAGAUCAUGCAGAAGCUUGCCAAGUCGACAGACUUCCUGUCACAAGUUGUCAUGACAGAGGUGCUUAAAAUUGACAACAGCCACCUGACAUUCAGAGGGAACAGCCUAGCCACCAAAGCUAUGGAGGCUCACAUGAAACUCGUUGGAGAGAAGUACCUCAACGAUACACUGGGCGACUUUCUGCGGAGAAUCAUUAACACUGAAGAGGAUUGUGAGGUGGAUCCUACCAGAGUUAACACCCUUGACUUUUUACCACAGCAACGAAAAAAUCUUAGAAUGUAUUGUGAUAUGGCCUGGGCGAAGAUUAAAACGUCUUCAGCCUUUUUCCCCAGUGAGCUGCGGAGUGUGUUCAUGUGUUUCCGUCACAGAUGCGAGGACGUGAAUAAAGGCGACCUCAGCGAUAAUCUCAUUUCAGCGUCCAUCUUCCUUCGGUUCCUGUGUCCAGCAAUUCUCUCCCCUUCAUUGUUUCACCUGACGCAGGAAUACCCGACAGAAAAGGCUGCCAGGAAUCUCACACUUAUUGCGAAAACCAUACAGACUCUGGCAAACUUUUCAAAGUUUGGCAGUAAAGAGGAAUACAUGACGUUUAUGAACGAUUUUGUGGAGGAAGAGUGGACUGAGAUGAAAUCCUUCAUCAAUAGGAUCUCUUCCCCCGAUGAAAAUGACAAUUUCACAGAGUUUGAUGGCUACAUUGACCUCGGGAAGGAAAUGUCUGUCCUACAAACCCUUCUCACCCCCACACUGGAGAAUGCUCCACAGGAAGCAGUUGACAAUCUUGGUGCGUUACCAAAGAUUCUGACACAGGUUGAAAAUGACCUGAAGGAUCCUAACAUCCAUCAAAGAAGUAGAGAACCAAACAGAAAAAGCCAACACUACGACAAUCUUGUGAACAUUCAGGCACAUAUAGAUCAUACAACUUCACCCACGGAGCUGUUACGUGACAUGUUUCGGCAGUGUGGUGAAUCUUCUGGUGAGAUUUUGUCGAGCGAGGCGAAUGAGAGCAUGUCAGAUUCACCAAAUGGAAGUUUAGAUAAUGUUUGUGAUAGUGAUUCUGUAGUUACGGAGGAAAGUGCUAGUUCUAAAAGCCUGUCUACAAUAAAUACUGAAGUGUCGAAUGUGUCCGUAAGUGCUAGAUCUGUCGUUAGCAAAACACAUGUGAACAAGUCCUGGAACCAAAUUGUCAGUGCUGCAGAAAUCGUGAAUGGGGAUUAUAUCGAUCUCAUUUCCUUUAUGGAUGAGGAGGGGAAUAACUCAAUCGACAGUGAACGUAACGUGAACGGUAGCCAAAUGUCGAUAAGUCAAGAGUCGACGAUUGCCUCCUCUGGCUAUCAGUCAUUUGGUUAUAGUCAAUCAAGCUCUCCGAUUGAUAACGAUAAGCACGAUAAUGUCGUCUCAGAUUCUCACAAUUCUAAGUCCCAGAGCAACAACUAUACUCAUUCUACCCCAUUGUCUUUCUCUAAUCCAAUGUACCGAAUAAACCACAGAGGAAUUUCUAGUCAUAAAACCUCUUCGCCAGUCUUACAAAUGUCCAGUAGCAGCUCACUGAGUAGCGAAGAGACAAACACGGUCAAAAACAUUAGUCCAGUAAAAUCAGUGAAGUCAGAACAAUUACAUAGGAAAGAUCCUCUGAGGAAGUUAGCUCCUCAGUUUUCAAACUCAAGUAGUAUAGAUUCAGUUUCGGAUAAAGACAAAAUUCUUCACAGUGUUUCAAACAAUAAUAUGUGCACUUUGGAAACUGAUAUGGACAGUUUUACUGUUCCGAAGCACAGUUUAUCAAAUAACAAUGUUUCGUCGUUGACGAUGGAGAUAAAUCGAAAACCACGACAAAGUCAGUCAAGCAAUAGUAUAAGUGCUAGGAAAGAGAUUUUUCUCAAUGGGAAUACGCAUCAGCCAUAUAGUGCCAGUUCUCGGAAAUACUCGCUGGAAUUGCGUGGAUCUAGUCCGGUUAUGUCUCACAGUGCUAAAUCCACUGCCACUUCAUCCUCAAGCAGUACGACUACCUAUUAUAACACGAUAGGUAGCACAUCGCGACGGGGACAUGAACUAUCACAAAGUGCUGACUUCUCUAAUAUGUCAAGUAUGACAACUUCGCAACGUUUUGGAAAAUCAGACUCUAUUCGUCGCACGGCAACUGAUACGAGCAUCUCCCAAAGAAGUAGUUCCUCUUACAGUGAUAAUUCACCAGUAUCGUCAUCCUCGUCACCGCGCAGUGGGGCAUCGCCGGACGAUGGUUCACUUUUUCGCAGACUUUCAGCACAAAAUGCAGUACACAUGGGGAUACGGAGUGUUCAGCGACGUAUACAUGACCAGGAGAAGACUAAGCAGGAGUAUGAGCUGGAAGUGAACAUUCUCAAGCAGCAGUUACAAGAGGCACAGCAACGCCUGCAACUAGCUGAAGAACGACUGCAGGACCACGAUACAGACACGGAUAAAAUUGACUCAGAGUGGCAAACGAGGCUAGAGGAAAGUGAAGAACGGAUGAGAAAACAACAAGCGGAAAAAGAUGGUCAGAUGAAAACUAUCAUACAGAGGUUGAUGCAUGUGGAGGAUGAGUUACGCGAGGAACAAGAAGAAAUGCAGCGUAACGUCGCACAGAAACAAAAAGUGAUUGAGGCCCAGGAACGCCGGAUUCACUCCCUUGACGUCGCUAACAACAAGCUGAUGCUCGCUCUAAAUCAGCUAAAGGAACAUUACAGUGCGACAGCCCGGAAUGGACUCGUGCCGUCAAUGAAACUGGCCAGUGAUGUUACAUCGUUCAAAACCAGUUCAUGUUGAGUUUUCGUUGGACAGUAUGGCUUCUUUUGCCAAUGUUAACUUAAGCAUGUUGUUUUUCUGUUUCAAGAAACAGCUUUGUUGGACAAUUUUGCAUAUUCAUCAAUGUGACCGUUACUCUGUUUUAAGACCAUGCGGUUUUGUUUCAUGAACAAUUUGGCACAUUAAUUCUUACCAAAAUAUUGAACAUAACUAUGACUGUUCUUUCUCUGUUUAAGAGCAGUUAAAUUAUUUUUGAGUUUCUUUGACCUUAUGACACAUAUGGAAUAUUUUACAUACAUUUGAAAGACCCGUUUGAGUUUAGUUUCAUAUUUGAACAGUUUGAGUUCAUUUUAAGCUUGUCUGUUUUUUGAACAAAAAAUGUUGGGCUAUUGUAGCAAGCUUAGUGCUAUCAGCUUCAUGCAAAAACUUUGACCUAGGUUAAAGUCAUUAUUCAAAAAGAAUUCAAGAUAUUUAUAUGUCAAUGGAUACACAUGUAACUUGAGAUUACACAUUUUACCAGACUGAUACACACAUUUAUAGCAAGGCAAAUAACUCUGACUUAAAUAAUAAUUGAGUUAUGCUCAAAGAUAAUUUUUUCAGCAUAUCUUCAAUAUGUUAUGACAAAUUUUAAAAGUUAAAUAAUAUGUUAACUAUGUGUUACAGUUAAGGAUCACAAUAUUCCUUAAGCUUCACCCAUGAUGGGUUUUUUUGUUUGCCAACACAUUAUAAAUCAUGUUUAAUGCAUGUGCAUGGUGUAAAACACAUCAUUAGUGUGCUUUUAAUGGGAAAACAUUUACGCAAUAGUUAAAUUAUUGUUAUUGCUAUGAUCCUGUAAAUGCCAUGAAAUUCUUGCACUACCCAUGUCAUGUGACAACCAAUUGUAAAUGUACUAUUGACAGGUAUUGUCCGUAAGCCAUGUAUUCAUGAACUCAUAUUAUUACCUAGACUAGUAAAACCAUCUUCAUAUGCAUUUUUUGUGCCUAGAUAUUCUUGCAAACUGCUGCUAAUAGUCUGCUAGUACCAUCAAAUCUCAUGUUUACAUUAAGCAUUAAAAUGUUCUGAAUGGAAUCUCUUUUGUACAUUAAUGUAUUUAGAGUUUAGACCAUAGCCACAGAAGCGAUCAUAAAUAUUUUGCUAUUCAAUUUGACAGCAGUCCCCAUCCCUAACCAAUACUGCCACUUAUGUUCUUAUUUCUACAGUAUAAAAUAAAAUGGAUGCUCAAUGAAAUAAUCUGAUGGUACCAUUAAUAAAUUGUACCAUCAUUUUUGACACCUUUUUGACAGUUUAUGACUUGGAAUAAAAUGUUUUUUAACAAUGGCAGAAAUAACUUGAUUUUCUGGACAUGAUACAGGAUAACCAGAAAACAAUAAUUUAAAGCAAAUAAUUUUAAAAAUUAGUAAGUUUAAAUUACAAAAAAAUUGCAAAAAUAGUUCCAUGUGAUAUUGAUUCAUUUAUAGUCACAAACCAUUAUGAAAGGUCAUUUCAGCAUAAUCCAUGAUUGAUGGAUGUAUUUCAAUUUGCAAUAUGUGUUUGUUGAGUAUUAUGUAAAUGAGUUGCUACUCUGUGUACAUGUGUAUAUAAGAUCAUAUAUUUAUAGAUAUCAUGUGUAAUAUAGGUGUUAUUUGAAAACUAUAAACCAAGUGCAAUGUUAUUAAAAAAUUGAACAUUGA